UUAUGACUACAGAGCAGAGACGUCUUCUCUUUUGGGCUACUCAUGUUUGACUUGUUCACCUGUGGUGAGAGGAUCACCGAAGGAGUCAAGUUCCCCAGCGAGUUCGACGAAGCGGCUGUGCGUGGGAAACUGCCAGACCCAGUGAAGCACUACGGUCUGAGUCCUUGGCCCAGAUUCCAGGCUCUGAUGAAGGAUUGUCUCAGGGAAAACCCCCAUGACAGACCCUCCUCUGCACAAGUGUUUGAUCGUCUGAACUGUGGAGACAUGCUGUGUCUGCUGAAUGAGCUGGUGCUGCCUUUAAAUGCAGAUUGUCUGGCCCUCAGCUCUGGUCCUGGUCCAGUCUCUAGACCGGUCUCUAGUUCUAGUCUGGUCUCUAGUCCUCGUUCUGGUCUGGUCUCUGCUCUGGUUGGUGGUUCUACUCCGGUGGCGUGGCUCGGAGGUGGCAGCAGCUCUAAACGUCAGGGAAACAUCAGUGCAGUGAAUCUGGAGACUGGCAGCGUCCAGACUCAGGUGGUAGACUCCAGUCCAGUGUUGUGCCUGGCUCUGGUCCCUAACUCACAGGAGGAGGGCUGUGAUUGGCUGGUGGGCGGUACUCAGUCCGGGUCCCUGUUUGUUCAGAACACUCAGGACUGGACCCAGAGGCACCAUCUGCAGAGCGUGUCCGACGCUGUCACCUCCCUGUACUUCCACCUGCAGCCCAAACGCACGGAGAGGAGGAGUUACUUGCUGGUGGGGACAGCAGAUGGAACUCUCACCGUUUAUGAAGACUCAGCUCUCCAGGAGGAGAAUGGAGAGCCAGUGAAGACCCUGUGCUUGGGCACCAUAAACACUCCAGUACUGGGUCUGGGACUGUGCAGUCACUCUGCAGACAGUCGGGGGGCGCUGUGGGGGAGCUGUGGCUCCAGGAUCCUCUCGUUUACAGCAGAGUACGAUGUGUGUAAAAGUAUCGACACCAAACCCAGCCCCGCUCUACAGUCUCGUACAUUGAGCUCUGAGGCUUGUAUCUCGCGGUUGGCUGUGGACAAACUGGUUUAUGUGAGUAAAGUUGGAGCAUGCUCAGUAGAGGUUUGGGACAGACGCACCGAGAGGAUGGUGGACUGCAUCGACUGUGCUCAAAUGAUCAGGCAGAGCAGCUCUCGGGGCAGACCCUCACAGCAGGACCAUCCCACGGACAGCACCCCCGCCUGGGCUCAGGUCAAGUCUCUCCUGGUCCAGUCUUUGGUGUGUGUCUUUGGGUCGGGACCAGAGGAGGUCAUAUGA